ACAGCACCUUGUCGGCUAACUUCAUACAGCUUUACGGCAGCUCUGCAGCAUGGCGAAGUCAGGGGGAGUCGGGGGGAUGGAGUUUCCGUAUCCAGAUCCAGUCUCGGGGAUCAGUCAGCAGCUCUCCUUUCAACAGGCCUGUGCCCUCAUAAAGAGCCCGUACUCGUGCCUGGUGUUGGACACGUGCAGGAGGCACAUCGCCCUCUCCCCCCUGUACCUGAAACGGCAGAGAUCCGGCAUCGAGAGGCAGCUCCGGACUGAACUGCUCAGGUUCUCGGAGAGAUCCCAUCAAUGCUGCUCUUUUGUUCCAGAAGAUGUGUUUGACAAUCCGGCCAAAAUUGGUGAAACUGAUUCUCUUGGUUUGCAGGGUGUCCCAAUUGCUUACAAUAAAGUCAGAUUAAUUGGUGAAUUAGGCGACAUCUAUGACGACCAAGGGUAUAUACAUCUCAACAUUGAAGCAGACUUUGUUAUCUUCAGGCCUAAAACUGGACAGAAGCUGGUGGGUAUUGUGAAUAAAGUUGCUCCAAGUCAUCUUGGUUGCCUGGUACAUGGGUGUUUCAAUGCUUCAAUACCCAAGCCACAUCAAGCAAAUGGAACUUGGCCAGGUUUUGCAGUAAAUGUGGGAGAUAGCCUGAAGUUUAAAGUUCUGCAACUGGAUGCUGAUGUUGCUGGUGUAUUAUGCAUUCGAGGACGGUUGAGUAAAAGUUUGCAGGCAACAUAUGGUGUGGAUUCUGAAGAACCGCUGGAAAAGAAUAGUGAAGAACAAGAUGAUAUCGUAAGAAAGAAGAGAAAGAAAAAGCAGAAAGCUGAAAAAUGUAUUGGAGAAGGGACAGCUGAAGAGGCUGAGAGCUAUGAGAUUUCAGACGAGAGUCAUCAUAAAGAUGGAAUGGGAAAUGCUGAAAUAAUUUUAGACAGUAAGAAAUCCAAAAAGAGAAAGCGGAGUACUGUGGAAUUAAAUGCAGACUCUGAAAUCCAUGGGAGGGAAGACAGUGAUUACCACAGUGACAAAGCAAUUAAAAAAAAGAAAAGAAAAUUGUCUGAGGGUGGUUCAGAACCCACUGAUUAUGCACAAGAACCAAAACUAAAAAAAAUAAAGUGAUUUAAAAAUAUAUACUUAAAAACUGCUUCAUCAGACUACUGCAGGGAUGCCUUAGCACCUCCUUGGAGUGAGAAAAGGAAGACCAUUUCAUUCUGAUAACAGACUCUCUGGAAUGCUGUUCAUUAUUGUACUUGGAUAAAUUAAAACUUUUUAUUACAUUUCCAGCUGCAGAACCAUCUUACUACCGAUGUUACAAGUUAUAGUGGCCUAAUAUGAAGCAUUUAUACCAUGCACCUGCUUACUACUAUCAAUGUUUCAAACACGAAAAACCAAAAUAUGGGAACCAAAGGCUGUUGAGAGCUUAAUUGGAAAACUGAAUAUUGCCUUGCAGAACAUUCCCAAACCCUGCAUUUUUAUUUUGAGAUUCACUCAUUGUAUCAGUCUCUUGCACUAGGUUGGACAUGUGCUGAAACAAGUAUUAACUGUUCUACAAAAAAAUAUUGAAUGUUUUUGCUUUGGUGAUGUUUGCAUUUCAAGGAAAGGGGCAUUUGGCUCCUGCUCCAAGGAUGGGGUCAGAUGUUAAGGAAAUAAACUAGUGAUGUGAUUUUUAUAGUUAUUGGUUUUUGACUGAAGAAAAAUUAUUAAAAAGCAGCUGCAUGUACCUCCUUGUGCUUCUUCAAAUUGCACUAUUUAUAUAUUCUAAAUAUUGCAAAUUUGUGGUUAGCAUUUUACAGCAUUUAAGUAGUUAAUUAUCCAUACUUUACAGUUUCAUCUUUGAAAAUUGUCUCUAAGGUUGCUUCUGUUUUCUAGAAAGUUAUUACCCAGUCGUUCCAUCCAGUCAUUCUGAGCCAACUAUAUAACAUUUCACAAAGCAUUUUAUCAAUGUUUAAAAUAUCUGAAUAUUUUGGAAAACUGGCACAGUGCUUUCCAGGUUAGCACAGUAUUUUGAGUUAACUUGUAAUAGAAAAAUGAAUUACCAGUGUUCCCUGUAAAUGAUGUGCCUACUGGAGACCCCUUUUACACUGGUAUUCUUUCUCUGCCUACUCUUAAAGCUUUAAGAUUUUAGUUAGUAAUUUUUUGUCUGCUCUUACAUUGACAAAAUGCUCUUUACUGAGUUCCUUCCACAAACAAAUUAUCUACAAUGGGACCAUAUCGGAGAAUUACAUACAUUGUGUAUUUUUCCAAGCUUUUUAUAUUUCUAAGAUGAUUUUAAUUUUGAAAAUGUAAUGAAUGGUCAUUUCCUAUCUGAUUACACUUGGAUGAGGUACAUAGGUAAAGCAGUUUUCUUUACUCAAAAACAAAACCAAGAAGCAUUUGCAGUGUGUACCAGCAUAUUGGAAUUAAUGUGCUAUAGGAAAAAUUAUAUUGUAGCCAGUAUAUUUUUAUAUGGUAUUAAAUGUGUUGUGGUUCUUUUAAUUUGUCCCAAAUUGCCUCCCAUCACCACCACUGACAAACAUAAAAACAUAUAAAUUAGGAACAGGAGUAGGCCAUUCGGCCUUUUGAGUCUGCUCCACCAUUCAACAAGAUCUGAUUGUGGCCUCAACUCCAUAUUCCAUCUAUCCCCGAUAACCUUUGACUCCCUUGUUAGUCAAUAAUCUAUCUACCUCUGCCUUAAAAUUUGUCUCCACUGCUCUCCAGGGAAAGUGUUCCAAAGAUUCAUGACCCUCUGAGAAAAAAAUUCUUUCAUCUCCAUAACCAUUACCUCACCCAAUUCUUAUAGUACUCAAAAAGUUUGAAACACAACUGAAGUUUGGAAGGGGAAAUAACCAAUAAUAGUGUGGUAUCAGAGUGCAUGUGGAUACAGUGUAAACAUGUACAUGCUAACUAUCUCAAGUUUGCAAAAAAUUUUAAUGCAAUUACCAGUGUACUUGAGGCAGAAAGUUUAGUUGUAACUUUUGUUUCUCAUGCUGUAAGAGACAAGUGACCACAAAAGAAAAUUGUACUAUGUACCUUAAAUAAAGUUUUGUUGAUCUGUA